UAAGGCGGCGAAUGUGUUUCAUCUCAGUAAACGACGCCACUUAAUCCUGAAUAAUAUUUUUAUAUUGAAUAGUGAAUAGGAAAGAUUACUGUGAUGGAGGAAUCGCACGAUUUCCAGUUUGUGCUCCCGCUGAACCCCUCGGACCUCAAGAACUCCAGUGGGGAUCAGUACUACGUAAAGGAGAUAUUUGGCAGCGCCGAAAUUCCCCAAAAGCUGCAAGAAUGCAAGCGCAAAGUCCAAAUGGGCGACCCUUUCUACAUGUUCGACCACUUUGACAUAUACUACUCGGUCCUGGAGGCCCAGAGUUCCGAUGCCAGCUCCAACCAGAGCCUGAUGAGGUCCUUCGAUCUCCUCUAUUUAACUGUGGACAAGCUGUUCCAGGACCUUCAGCCACUGCUGGUGGCCAGCGAGCCCAUGUCCAACCAGCAGCGCAGCAGCUACCUGAAUCUCACCAAGAUGACGCUCUUCCUGCAAGUGAGCCUGGUCAAAAAGAUCAACAACUGUGUCCAGCAGGCGCUGCGGAAUCAGCAGGUCAAUGUCCAGAAAAAGCGGGCAAAGCAGGCGGAUUCGCUGGAGCACUUUCCCAACUGGGACGUCAAGCGCUCCAAGUUUCUCGUGCAGCUCUUCAAUGUGCUGCAGUGCCCGCUGGAGAACCUCUGGAGUCCGCCCGUCGCCGAGGAUGACUUCAUUUCAUUGAUGUGCGAUGUCUGCUAUCGAACACUUGAGCUGCAGCCGCUUCGCCCGGACAACAAGAACGUCUUUGACACUAUUUUUCAGAUCCUGGGCACCUCGAUUAAGCGUUUUAACCAGGCCAUGACCUUCCCAGUCCGAAUUCUGCAGAUUCUGCGCGGCACUGAGCACGCGGCCGCGUCUGUGGCCGCCGGGAUUUUACUGCUGCACGAGGAGUACGGCAUCUCGUCCGUGUUCUCCAUUUUAAUUAAGAGCAUCGUGGAUGCCCUGAAGCUGGACAGUGCCGACUCCACGGUGUCCAAGCACUUCUCUAAUUUCCUGGCCGAGUUCUCAAGCAUCGCGCCUUCGCUGAUCAUCCCGCAUCUGGAGAAGCUGGCCGAUGACCUGCUGGAUUGCCAGUCGCACACGCUGCGCAAUUGUGUGCUGCAGAUCAUCGGGGACACAGUGGUUAGCGAACUGACCUCGGAGGAUCUAAGCGAGGAACUGAAGGAAGUGCGCAACGAGUUCCUCGAGCACCUGGUGGCCCACAUCUUGGACAUCUCGGCGCAUGUGCGCUCCAAGGUGCUGAACAUCUGGCACCACUUGAAAGUGCAGCAUGCCAUUCCGCUUAACUUCCUGACGAGGGUGUUGGACGAAGCCAUCGGAAGGCUGGAGGACAAGAGCUCCCUGGUGCGGCGUGCCGCCAUGCUGCUGAUCAAAUCCGCCCUAGAGAGCAAUCCCUAUUGCAGCAAACUUUCCCUGGAGGAACUGCGGGCCAAGCAUGAGCACGAGGUUCUGGCCAUGGAGAAACUGAAUGACGUGCUCGAGGAAGAGCGCAAGCAGGAGGAGAAGCUCAACGAUGAGUUCAGCACCCUGGCCCCCGAACUUCUGCCUUUCAUCGAGUCUAACUUAACGGAGUUUCCCGACAUGCAGUUCGACAAGGAAGAGAGCGACGAGACCUUGCUGGAGAGGAUCGUGCCGCUGAUGCGCGAAAAGAACUACAAGGAUGUCAUUGUUCUGGUGCGAAAGGUUGACUUUUUGGCCGGCAACCAGAACAUGAGCUCCUUACUGAAGCACGAGGAGCAUUGUGUGUAUGUGCUGGCCUUGCUAAAGACAUAUCACCUACUGGCCGCUGGAUUCAAACAGAGUAGCGAGGAGAUGCUGCAACAGAUCAAAACAGUGCAGUUCCUCAAGGACAGCAUAGACUUUGCAGUUCUGGUGACAUCGGCGUUCCCUAAGCUCCACGAAAUGCUCAUGUCCAAGACGAACACGGAUGUCUUCGAAGCGGUGGAUCUCUUCACCACCGGCUAUAUGUUUGGAAUUCACGGCACAGACUCGGGAAUGCAGCGCAUGCUGCAGCUGGUUUGGUCAUCGGACAAGGAGAAGCGUGAUGCCGUAUGCGAUGCCUACAAGCGAGUUCUGUUCUCCACGGACCAAUCGGGCCGUGCUCACGCCAUCCUGGUGGUGCAAAACCUGUCCAAGUUUCUCUCGGAGAUUGAGUACGGCCACUACACGGCCCUGGAGUCUCUGAUGGCCGAAUGGGUGUCGGGCGGUGACAUCGACGCCGCUGUCAUUCAAGUGCUCUUUGAGCGGUUCACUCUUAAGCUAGAGGGCACCACCAGCAACGAGUCGCGUCUUGCUCUUCAGCUCCUGAUCAUGGCCUCGCAAUCAAAAGCCAGCAUUGUUUCGGCCAACACCACCAUCAUCGAGGACAUUGCCGCCGGAGAGCGGGUGCGCCGCGAUCCUCGCAUUUUCACCGGCUGUCUGCAGCUGCUGGUCAACUCGAUCGAUGCCAACAAUAAUGCCAAGUACUAUAAACGCAACAACACCGAUGCGGAGUUCGUGGGAAAAAUCACGCGACUCUUUCUGGACUUCUUUUUUCACCAAAAGUUGUCGGAUUUUGAUGCUCUGGCCAUGAGUGUGUUUGAGUACUACUACAGGAUGUGCCAAGCGCCGGAUGUGAUUGCCCAGCAGUUGGUGAUGACUCUGCUCAAGCGGUUCAACGAGAGCUGGCUGGUUAAGGAGGCGGCGGCAGCAGCUGCUCUGGAAUCCUCCCCAGGCGAAGGGAACCAGGAGAACGUUUUGGAAUCUCAGCCCGUGGAGAUUCCCUACUCGCAGACCCUUCCCCUCACUCAGACUCAACCUGAUAGCCAGUUCCAGUCCGAUCGCAGUCUGAUGCCUGUUUUUUUGGUCUCCCGUUUGGUGUUCUGUAUCGGCUACAUGACCAUCAAGGAGAUGAUCUUUCUUGACAUGGACAUCUAUAACAACAUGAAGUAUCGCGAUGAGCUGACUGCCCUCGAAGAGCGCAAGAAUCGGAAUCAACAGGCAGCAGGAAGUGCACAGAAUGCGGCCAGGAGGCAAACGCUCAAUAUGUCAGCCAUGGAGGUGCGCAAGCGAUUAUCCGGAGUGGCGGCCGAGCCGCAGCAGGAGCCGGACGACGAUUUGGUGGGGGCGACGGCCGAGGACAAUAUCGCAGAGGAAAUUCACGGCAUCUGUGAGGAAAUGCUGCUGUACAGUCCCGACGCUCUGCUGGCCAAGAUAUCGCCAUUUAUCAUAGAUAUUUGCAAGCGUCCCGGAGAAUUCCGCGAUGCCAAGCUGCAACAGGCUGCCAACUUGGCUCUGGCCCGCCUGAUGACCGUCUCCUCCCGGUUCUGCGAGUCGAACAUGAGUUUUCUGAUGAACAUCCUCAACCUGACGAAGAACAUUCGGAUUAAGUGCAACACAGUGGUGGGACUGUCGGAUCUGACUUUCCGUUUCCCGAACAUCAUCGAGCCAUGGACGGGUCACUUCUACGCCCAGCUGCACGAAUCGAACACCGAGUUACGGCUGACCGCCGUCAAAAUGCUGUCUCAUCUGAUUCUCAACGAGAUGAUACGUGUGAAGGGCCAAAUUGCCGACAUGGCGCUGUGCAUUGUGGACGGCAACGAGGAGAUCCGCAAUAUCACCAAGCAGUUCUUCAAGGAGAUAGCCAACAAGUCCAACAUUCUGUACAAUGUUCUGCCGGACAUCAUCUCGCGUCUGGGCGAUAUCAACCUUAAUCUGGACGAGGACAAGUACCGCGUGAUCAUGUCCUACAUCCUGGGCCUCAUCCAGAAGGACCGCCAGAUCGAGACGCUGGUGGAGAAGCUGUGCCUACGAUUCCCGGUGACCCGUGUGGAGCGCCAGUGGCGCGACAUCGCAUUCUGCCUCGGCCUGCUCAGCUACAACGAGCGAGCGGUGAGAAAGCUCAUGGACAACAUGCAGCACUACAAGGACAAGGUGCAGGUGGACGAGGUCUACCAGUCUUUCAAGCUGAUCAUCAGCAACACCAACAAGCUGGCCAAACCGGAACUCAAAGCCGUGGUCACCGAGUUUGAGAACCGCCUGAAUGAGUGCCUGCAGGUCAACCAGGACGCAUCGGCGCAACCAGGCGAUCAGGCCGCUGUCACUUCAGAAGGUCAGGGCAAUAGAACGCGAGGGGCCAGGACAAAGAAGGGCGGUGCCAGGGCGGCCCCCAAAAAGAAGGCUCCUGCGCGAGGACGUGGGAGGAACGCUCGCGUGGAAUCCAGCUCAGAUGAUACUCUCAGUAGCGACAGCAGCGAUUAAUUAAAACUAUUCUUAUACAAAUAUCUGUCUACGAACUGCCGCAUUGAUAAACUUAAUGAAGUUUGUAAUAAAUAUUUAUCAGCAAAUUUAAACUUAAAAGGUAACAAUCAAGCUGAAAAAUAAACUUUUUAUCAAA